AUGCUCUCUCGCACGGUCUCUUCCUUGAGCCGUAUGGCUCCGCAGACGCUUGGUGCCGUCAACACCGUCUCCACCCGCCAAUACGCCAUAACCGCUCCACGCCCUCCAACAGAACUCAACCAAAAGCUCAAAGUCACCAUCAUUCCUGGAGAUGGUGUGGGACCGGAGCUGAUCUACACCGUGCAGGACAUCGUCAAGCAGACCGGAAUUCCGAUUGAGUUCGAGGAAAUCUUCCUCUCCGAAGUCCACUACACCCGCUCCUCCUCCAUCGAGAAUGCUGUCGAGUCGAUUGGCCGCAACAACAACGUCGCUCUCAAAGGAGCCAUUGAAGAGUCAGCCGUUCUUCACACCGAAGGAGAGCUUCAAGGGCUCAACAUGAGAUUGAGACGCUCUCUGGACUUGUUCGCCAACGUCGUUCACAUCAAGACACUCGAUGGCAUCAAAACAAGACAUGGAAAAAAUCUUGAUUUCGUGAUUGUCCGUGAGCAGACGGAGGGAGAGUACUCCAGCUUGGAGCACCAACUCGUGCCAGGAGUCAUCGAAUGCCUCAAGAUCUCCACGAGAGUCAAGGCCGAGAGAAUCGCCAAGUUCGCCUUCGACUACGCCACAAAGACCGGAAGGAAGAAGGUCACCGCCGUCCACAAGGCCAACAUUAUGAAACUGGGAGAUGGAUUGUUCCUGAGAACCUGCGAGUCCGUAGCCAAACAAUAUCCAAAAAUCCAGUUCGAACAAAUGAUCAUCGAUAACACUUGUAUGCAGUUGGUGUCAAAACCAGAACAGUUCGAUGUGAUGGUCAUGCCGAAUCUCUACGGAAACAUUAUUGAUAACUUGGCCGCUGGACUCGUCGGUGGAGCCGGAGUUGUGCCAGGACAAUCUGUGGGACGUGACUUUGUCAUCUUUGAGCCAGGAAGUCGUCACUCUUUCCAAGAGGCUAUGGGACGUUCUAUCGCCAACCCAACUGCCAUGAUCCUCUGUGCCGCCAACAUGCUCAACCACCUCCAUCUUGAUGCAUGGGGCAACUCCCUUCGCACCGCUGUCGCCGAUGUUGUCAAAGAGGGAAAAGUGCGCACUCGUGACUUGGGAGGAUACGCCACCACCGUCGACUUUGCUGACGCCGUCAUCGACAAGUUCCGCAUCUGA